AUGAAGCGGAGUUUAAAGGCGAAGGGAAACAGAGACACACAGACACCGGUGAGCUCCAUCCACAGCACCCUGCUCACACCUUCACAACCCAGCAGGAAAUCAACCUGCUCACUCUGUACACCUGUCUGUUCUUCUAUAAAGAGAGAGAUAAGAGCGCCAUCCCGCGGGCCGCGACCCAAAGAAGUUCCGGUUCUGGAGCUCCACAGACUGAGGGACAGAGAAGAUGAGGAUGCUGGAGUUAUUCCGGUGGCUGGAAAACCGUCGGCCGUGCUGUCCAUCCUGAGCUGGGGUUCAGCUUCGUGCUCCAGAACACUGCAGGAAUGGGAUGUUGGGAUAAUGUCCCCGCAGGAGGGACGUGUCUCAGUGUUGGCGUCUCCUCAGCACAGCUACAGAGAGCUGACGAUCAGAUCAGCCAGUAAUCCCAAAGCAAACACAGAACCAUGCAAUCUGAGCUCACACACUUUUACUGAGCUCCAUCACACACAGCCAGGCACGAGUCACACCCAACCCAGGAAGCUGGAAGCCGAGGGCGUGACGAUGGAGAGGAGACGGCAGGCUGUGAUGGAGCAGGUGAUGGUGGACCAGCUCUCCAGAGCCGUCAUCAGCGACCCGGAACAAAACUCCGCAAACUUGGUGAACAUUUCCGCUCGUCACAAGAGGACUUUACACCACACAAUGGUGAAAACUCCGAAAUCUUUAACAGAGAAGCUCCUGUCCUACAAACUCUGCUUUCAUGCCAGAAUUUUAUCACGAUGUGGGCGUGAGGCCUGUCGAGAGCUGAUUGGCUUCUACUUCACAUGUGAUCAGACACUAACAGUAUACGAGUACCGCAGUUUUGGGAAGAACAGGUGUAAUGCACUGCCGUUUAUAGCACGUGGGGUUUAUAGGACUCGAGGGAGACCAUACUGUCUCUCUGACAUCUCACAGGGGUCAAAUCUGCGCUUCAGUACAGAUGGACCUCAUGUCCCUGAGAACCUGAGACAGCGACCAUAUCUGACUCUCAAAGUUACUGAUGUGGACGAAGAAGCCAAGAGUUCACUAGUAGUCCAGUGUGGAGAAACCGAACAUCAUCUUUCUGAGGAGGAGAUUAACGACUGGAAAACUCUAAAGGCCAUUCAGGCGUCUGUACGUGAGCGGUUGAAAGGUCGCGCUAUCCAAACUCUGAUUGGUUUAGGGAGGAAGCUGCAGAGUUUAGACGUGAAGCAGAACGGCGUUGUGGGUAAAGAGGAGCUAGGAGAGUGUCUGAUGGAGGGGCUGAGUCUCACACAACAGGAGCUGGAGGCUGUGUGGAGGGUUCUGGGUCUGCAGAGAGAGUUGAUGGUGGACUGCGCUGAGACGAUGUGUGCUGUGACCGGAGACAUGAAUGAGAGCAGACAAGCCGUGUUUAUAAAGGUUUAUAUUAAACUCGACCCAAAUAAAACGGGUUCAGUUUCUUUGACUGACAUUGAUAAAUUUUAUUGUGUUAAUCAGCAGCAGAACCCUGAGCACGGAACAGAGUUAGAUUUCCUCACGUGUGUACGAGACGCAGAAAGGGACACAAAACACGUGUCUUAUGCGGAGUUUCAGGAUUAUUAUGAGGGACUGAGCAUCGAAAUCUCUAGUGACCAGGUUUACAUCAACAUCCUGAGGAGCACCUGGAAUAUCUGAGUGUGUGUGUGUGU